UAUUUUUAAAAUAAAAAUUUAUUUUACAAAAUUAACGCAAUAUCGAUAAUAUCUUCACUUAUAUGAACAAUGUAUGACACUGUAUAUGGCUAGCUUUUAGAGCAACUAUGGGUGACAGUGAGGCAUUAAAACAGCAGUUUGCUUUACUGCAAGAGCAACAGCAGAAAAAGUUGAGUCGAAUGAAACAAAGGAAAGAACAAAAAGAAAAGAAAGAUGAUUCUCCUGAGAAAAAAGAUGAAACUAAUCUAUCAAGUUCAUUUGGUAUAGAUGACAAUUUAGGUUUGAAGCUUUCUGAACCUCCACCUACAACAGAUGGUAUCUAUUCUGAAGAACUUGUAACACAUUUGAAUGAACAAAUACGGGAGCUAAAAGAUGAGUCUGGAAGGCUGUAUAAAUUGUUAACUGAGAGGGAUUUUGAAAUAAGAAAGCUGAAGAAGAAACAAGAGGACCACAAACUAGCUCUCUCUGGGGGAGGUGUGGCAAAGGAAUCGGCAGCUACAAAAAUAGUUGAUCUAUCUAAGAAGGUGCGAGAGUUGACAGCAGAGGCUGAAAGUGAGCGCACAAAAGCUAGACAAUACAACAAAAAAUGUCACGAUUUAGAAAACCAGUUAGUUGCAGAGAAGAAAAAUAAAUCUAGUCAUUCCUCUAUUGAUGAUCUCCCUCCUGAUCUAGCAGAAAGGGUACAGUUACAAAAUGAUGUGAAAUCAUUACAAGAAAGGCUCAAACAGAGUGAAUCCAGAUGUACAGACUUCCGUAAUCAAUGUCAGUUAUUUAAAAAAGAUCUCACGAUUGCGCAAAAAGUUUUGACUAGUGAGUUAGGGGACAAUGUCAAUAUUCAGGCCUUGCUAAAAGAGCCAAGUGAUUUUAAAGGACGUUCACAACAAAUAUCAAUUCUUAAAAAACAGGUAGCUGAAUUAAAACUAGCUCUUGGGCAAACAAAUAGAUCACCAAGACCUGCGACUCAAAUGACAGAUGACCUUGAGGCAGAGUUCAUGGGGUCAGCAGUAUCUACUCGUAGUAUGCGUAUCUCGGAUAAACAACGUGAUACCAUACGAAAAAUGGAAAAAGACAGAAAGGAGUCAGCAGAAAUGGCAGUCGCAGAGCUGAAGGCAUUAGAAGGAGAUCAUGCAGCUCUUAAACAAAAGUUUGAUGCUUUAAAAGCAAGGAACAAAGUGCUAUCAAAUGACAAUAAGUCUAUGAAGUCUAAGAUGCAGACAUGUAUUGACAAGGGGAAGCAUGAUGAUGAACUUAUUCAGGCUCUAAUGAACCAGCAGUCCCAUCUCCAGAACUUACUGGACCAGUCUACCAAGCUACAACAAAGUGCUCAGAACCAGCAAGAAGCUAAGAUGAGGGAAUUGUCAAUGCGCACACAGCAGGACAACAAUGUGGUGGAUAAACUCAAGGCUAUUAUAGCAGCCAAGGAGGAAAAGGUUGACCAGUUGGAACAGGAGAUGAAAAAAAUGCAGCUCCACCAAGCUCAGAUAAAUGGUGUAAAUUCACUAUUUGAUAAGCCUCCAUACAGCUCAAGAGGACGGCCUCCAAGUUCCCAGAAUCUCCCAGUUGAAAUGGAUGAUGGGAUGGCACCUUAUUCACCGACACCUCCCCUUUCACAAUCCAGAUUGAGUCAGAGAAGCUCUUCUAGACAGAGUUCCAGUGACCUAGAAAGACCAGGCUCAGGCAGGAAGCAGCCCACAGGGCCUACCAGGCCUGCCAGUACAGGGAGUGCUGGUGAUAGGAAAACUUUGGAAGAGUUAGAAAAUCUACGGCUCCAAUAUGCGGAGGUGAAUUCUCUCUUCCAAGCCACCCAAGUGGAGAGAGACAAAUUAAGAGAACUGCUUCAAAUUCAACAGAAAAGGGUGGAUGAGGCUACAGAGAAAUACAGUUCCUCUCAGUCUGACCUUGUUGAACAGAGGAGGCGGAAUGUACAAUUAGAAAAAUUACUUGGGAAAUCUAAAUUAGAACAGGAAAAACAAGCAAAAUCAGGAGGUAAAAAAGGGAAGAACAAGUCUGCAACGAGUCUCCGUGAAUCGUUGAUGGAUGAUCCUGACUUACCUUCUAACGAUACCCAACUUGAAGAGUUGCAAGUCAGCCUAGAUAUCCAGAAAGAUGAAAAUGAUGCAUUGAAGGAAGCAUUGCAAAGUACUCUACGUGCAAAAGAAGAGGAUCUCAAACUGUACCAUGAUAUGAUGGAAGAAACAAAGCAUGUAUUUCUCACUGGACUUCGACAAUAUCGCCAAAAUCAAACUUGACACAGGAUGAUUGACUGUGUCAUGGAUAGUUGAAAGUGUAUACUUGUAUUAUUCUUUUGGAGGAUUAUCAGGGUCUCGUGCAAAUAUCAUCUGCACUACUGAAAUAAAAUGGAUGCCAGUCAAAAUUAUUAAAAAUAUGCUCAGGUAAAAUGUAGGUAAAAUCACUGAGAUUCUAUGUUUGACAUGGAACACUGACAAAAAGGCAUCAAAUUCAAAUGCCCUGUUGUUUAAAAUAACAUAGAAUAAUUUAACAUUUUUACCAAAAGUUACCUGAGCAUAUCUUUGA